CACCACCAACACCACCACCAACACCAACAUGCCUGUCCGGAGAGGGCAUGUAGCCCCUCAAAACACCUUCCUGGGGACCAUAAUCCGGAAAUUCGAGGGUCAAAAUAAGAAAUUCAUCAUCGCCAAUGCAAGGGUACAGAACUGUGCGAUUAUCUAUUGCAAUGAUGGAUUUUGUGAGAUGACUGGCUUUUCGAGACCCGAUGUGAUGCAGAAGCCUUGUACGUGUGACUUUCUACACGGCCCAGAGAGCAAAAGGCACGCUGUAGCCCAGAUCGCACAAGCUCUACUCGGCUCUGAAGAGAGGAAAGUGGAAGUCAUCUAUUAUCGGAAGGACGGAGAAACCUUUCUGUGCAACACCCAUAUAAUCCCGGUGAAAAAUGAAGACGGGCUUGUGAUCAUGUUCAUCAUAAACUUUGAAUAUGUGAAUGAAGAGACACCCUUGCAGUCUUCAGAGAGAUUAAACCACAUGUCGCCCACCAAAGCCGAAAUACAUGGCAACCCCAUAUCCAGUGACUCUUCUGCAGGCAGAGGAAGAUUCUUCAGAUUAAAACUACCUGUGAUAAGACUCCUUGUGUCCAGCAAACAAUCGCUGCCUCAAGAAGACCCUGACACGGUGGUGGUGGAGCCAGGCAAAGCAAGCGACGAUUCCAUGGCUAUGCUGCCCUUUACAUCUCCCAAAGAAAGCUUUGGUCCUACAGAUUUGGAAGACACAAAGGAACUGCCGGAGUCUGGUGGUGAUGGUGAUUGCCCUGCGUGUGUUGAUAUGCCAGGACCGCUGUGCCAUUCCUCACCUAAACGCCAGUGGGACAGAUUGAAUCCAGAUAUGUUGCAGUCUACCACUGGUCUGAUUCACUCCCAGUCGAGGGAAAGUAUUUGCAGUAUGAGGAGAGCUUCCUCGGUCCAUGACAUCGAGGGAUACUAUGUUGAUUCCAGGAGUAUGUUUAGAGAUCGACAUGCCAGCGAAGACAACGGACGCAAUAUUAAAGGACAUUUUAACCAUAUCAAGUCCAGCCUAUUGGGCUCCACGUCCGAUUCUAAUCUCAACAAAUACAGCACCAUUAGCAAGAUUCCUCAAAUCACCUUGAACUUUUCCGAUAUAAAACCUGAAAAGAAGAGUUCAUCCCCACCGUCCUCAGAGAAGACCAUCAUCGCCCCCAAAGUGAAGGAGAGGACACACAACGUGACUGAGAAAGUCACACAGGUUCUCUCGCUCGGGGCUGAUGUUCUGCCAGAGUAUAAACUUCAGACACCUCGCAUCCACAAGCUCACCAUCCUCCACUACAGUCCUUUCAAGGCUGUGUGGGAUUGGCUUAUUUUGCUCCUGGUGAUUUACACGGCCAUCUUCACCCCUUAUUCUGCGGCCUUUCUACUCAACGACCGUGAAGAGCAGAAGAGAAGGGAGUGCGGUUACUCCUGCAGCCCCCUCAAUGUUGUAGACUUAAUUGUGGACAUUAUGUUCAUCAUAGACAUCCUGAUCAACUUCAGAACCACCUAUGUCAAUCAAAAUGAAGAAGUGGUCAGCCACCCUGCAAAGAUUGCCAUCCAUUACUUCAAAGGCUGGUUCCUCAUCGACAUGGUGGCUGCUAUCCCAUUCGACCUCCUGAUCUUCGGAUCCGGGUCAGAUGAGACGACCACACUGAUCGGCCUCCUGAAGACCGCUCGCCUGCUACGGCUGGUGAGAGUGGCCCGGAAACUGGACCGAUAUUCUGAAUAUGGUGCUGCUGUUCUGAUGCUGCUCAUGUGUAUAUUCGCCUUGAUUGCUCACUGGUUGGCUUGUAUUUGGUAUGCAAUCGGGAAUGUGGAGAGGCCAUACUUGCUGCACAAAAUAGGCUGGCUGGACUCUCUGGGACAACAGAUAGGGAAACGAUAUAAUUACAGCGAUGCCAGCUCAGGGCCGUCCAUCAAGGAUAAAUAUGUGACUGCGCUGUACUUCACGUUCAGCAGUCUGACAAGUGUUGGCUUUGGCAAUGUGUCUCCCAACACCAACUCAGAGAAGAUCUUCUCCAUCUGCGUCAUGCUCAUUGGCUCGUUAAUGUAUGCCAGUAUCUUUGGUAAUGUCUCGGCCAUAAUUCAGAGACUGUAUUCGGGGACAGCGAGAUAUCACAUGCAGAUGCUUCGCGUCAAGGAAUUCAUACGCUUUCACCAGAUUCCCAACCCUUUACGCCAGAGACUAGAGGAGUACUUCCAACAUGCCUGGACAUACACAAAUGGCAUAGACAUGAAUAUGGUCCUCAAGGGUUUUCCUGAAUGUCUCCAGGCAGACAUCUGUCUCCAUCUGAACCAAUCAUUACUGCAGAACUGCAAAGCAUUCAAAGGAGCCAGUAAAGGCUGCCUCCGAGCAUUAGCCAUGAAGUUUAAAACCACCCACGCUCCCCCAGGUGACACUUUGGUCCACAGUGGCGACAUCCUCACUGCUCUCUAUUUCAUCUCCAGGGGCUCCAUUGAAACCCUAAAGGACAACAUCGUGGUAGCCAUCCUCGGCAAAAACGAUAUCUUUGGUGAAAUGAUUCAUCUUUAUGCCAAACCCGGAAAAUCGAAUGCAGAUGUGCGUGCCCUGACUUACUGCGACUUGCAUAAGAUCCAGCGGGAAGACCUCUUAGAAGUCCUGGAUAUGUAUCCGGAAUUUUCCGACUACUUUUUAACCAACUUAGAACUCACGUUCAAUCUAAGAGAUGAUGAGUCAAAGGCAGAUCUGCUGCUCACAGCACAGACAAGUGAUGAUUCAGAUUCAGACAAUCCUAGACCUCCAAGAAGAAAACUUUCCUUUAAGAAAACAACAGACAAAGAUGAUGAGGAAAAAGACAACUCCAGGAACCGUGGAGCAUCGCAAGAGAACUCAAGAGGCAACCGCAAACAAUUUCAUUCCAAAAAGCGGGAUUCGGAAGAGAAACAAAGUGUUUCCUCAUCACUCUCUGGCUCAGUGGACGAGGAGAAGAAACCGCUAUGUUCUGGUAUAUUGGACUAUCCCACAGAGAUAGAGCAGAGCUGUAGGCUGGUGUUUGCAGAAGGACCCGAACUACAAAAUAGAAAAACUGAAAGGAGAGGUAGGUUACCAGGGAUCUUUUCAGAUGUCAGUGAUGGACUGAAAGAGUGGGAGAGCGGGAAGCCAGCCGAAUACCCUGAUAUGUCCACACAGUCAGCCUCUUCUCACGCAGCACGGGGUGUCUCGGAGACGGAGAGUGAUAUAACCUAUGGAGAUGUGGAGCACAGACUAGAUGUACUUCAGGAACAACUCAACAGGCUGGAAACGCAAAUGACGACUGAUAUCCACACCAUCUUGCAGUUGCUGCAAAGGCAUUCCCUGUCGGGACCUCCUGCUUACAGCACGGUAACAGCCACAACAGACUACCGCAGACCAAACACCAGGGUCAUCCAAACAAUUCAACCAGUAACUUCGAGAACCACAGAUCACUGCUUCACAUCAACACCACAGAAUCCACAAUUUUUAGACUUUGAAAAACCCAACCUGAAAUCCAAAGAAUCACUUUCCAGUGGGGUUCACCCGAACACAGCGUCAGAAGACAAUUUCGCCAGCUUUUUGGACCAGGAACAAGAACAGAAAUCACGGUUCCAACAACAAGAACAAUCCAAAUCUUACCUGCAUCCAACCAGAUAUCCUUCCCUCCCAAGCUCUUCAGUGAGCACCAUGGGACAGCUGGGUAUCCACAGACAUUUGUCUGAUCCUGGGCUUCCUGGCAAAUAGCCAAUUGAUCCUGUUGCGGUUCAGUAGAUUUUCUGCUUUCAGUAGCUUUACGAAUAGCAUCCUCCAUAUUUGACUCAGGGGUCUACAAUGAUACUGUCCAUAUGCAAAAGCACUGUAGAUUCACAUCAGCUCUGAGCUCACAAUGUUUGAAGUUCCUCUUUGAUGAAAAUGAAAGCUUCGUUAAGAAUAGAGUAUGUUUAAAAACGUCACACUGCCAGUAAUCUAAGGCACCUUAAUUGAUAGUAAACCUUUAAAAAAAUGCAUGCUGUUACAUUUGGUUUCUGUGUUGCAUGAAUUUAGUUUGAAUUCAUGGGGGAUUGGGGUGGGUGGGAGAGAGAGAGAGAGAAAAUGGUGACUGUCCACCCAAGUCUGGUCAGAUGGAGGCUGGCAGUUCUGGUCUGAACUAGAUAUAAUUACUUGAACUAAACAGCUAUUGCAAGCACAUUGAGCACAAGGCUCUUCUAAUAAGCAGGAACUGUACAUUUUGUGCUUAAAAUAGCAGCUUGACCAUUCACUAAUCUUACUUUCUCACUUUUUUUUAUUUUUCCUCCAAUACUUGCUAUUCUAUGAAGGGAUGGGAAAAUACAAUUGAAUCUUCAUAAUGAAGAACAAUGAAAAUCUGAACUGCAUUACGGAAAUAUAGUAAUAUAGUUGUGGCCUGAAAUACAAAUGUUCAACUCAUCUCUCGACUUCAGAGUGAGUUGACAGGCUCACUUUAACACUGUUUAUUGAACGUCCGUAAGUCUAAAAUGCAAUAUGCAUUUUUGUGUAUCUGGCACUCGGCUCACAUGGUAACAUUUCUGUGCUUAUUAAGUCCACACCUGAUGCAUAUUCACAAUUCCUUAAUUCAAUUGACGAGACAUUGAGUGAGGCAAUUUAAUUAAUUUAACCGGAUUCAAAUGAAUUUGUUCUUUCAAAUUCAGUUUUCAAUUAAUACCAUUUAGUCUUAGGAACAUUGACGGAUAGGAGAGGCACAUUUCUUUUUGAUUUCAAAAGGCCAAGUUUAAAAUGAUGGAAAAUACAAAACACUCCAUAAAUCUAUUAACAUAUCGAAACCAUUAAUUGAGGUGUACGUAAAACAUGGGCCAGUCUUGAAAUUAUUGCUACAAGCCAACAAAAAAGAAAAACAGCUUUUUCAUAGAUCAUUAUUCAAACAUCCAAAGCAAUUUGACUAGACCAUACUUAACCUUAAACAUAAACUAAAUAAAAGUGCAUCCCAGUGCCGAAAUUGCAUCAAGUUAAAUAAUGUUCUAAUCCCCAUAUAUUUUCAUUGGCUGUUAACAUAAAUACAGUGCUAAUGUGUAAGCGGUCACUGUGUAGUUGUGAAUACAAUACAAUACAAAAUGGAUAACUGAGGAGUACAGAAUCAUAUACGGUAUAAGACCUGACAAUACACUCUGAAUCAAUUCAUUUUGCGAAUUUGUUCAUAAUACUAGUAUAAUUGUCCAGAAUGUUUAGAUUUAAAUGAUGUUUCAAUGCUACAUCUAGUACAUUUGAGGACAUUUAUCAGUAUUGAGGGCGCUCUAUUAUUCCACAUAAUAAAUGAGUAAGUAACUUACUUUUAUAUUUUAUCACAAAACAGUGUCUGCAGUAUAUGAGCCACUGUAGUUAAAGGUGUUUACAUACUCAUGAAAAACAUAUAUAGCAAACCUUUUAUCAUUGCCCAUUGUAUCAAACACGAUUGCAUCAUUUGCAUGUGGCAUCAUAAUGAAAUUAAUGCACGACUCUUCUCAUUCACCAAACAGGUUUUGCUAAAUGCUUUUUGUGAAAAUAGAGCCUCUUAAUUUAGGAACCCAAAGCAGUAAAGACCAUUUUGAUUUCACACACCAGCUGAACACAAAUGUUAAAUAGACAGGAUCUUUGAGUUUUACACCAUGUGCAGAUUGCCAUCUUAAACCUUUCUUGCAAUCUUUUAAGGACCUUUCUCAAUUGGUCUGCUCGACUACAUUUCCCCCACAAA